AUGCGUACCGUCGUCGGCGUAUUGUUGGCCGACCUCGUAAACGCGGAGCGGCUAACGAAAUAUGCCGUUGUCAAAGGGUACCUAUAAACAAUAUCAGUAUUUUUGUAUCCGUUUUGUUGUCAACUAAUUAUGAUCUAAAUAUCCAAUACUUUUUUUUCAGAUUUCAUGUAAUGCUCAAUAGCCAUGAAGUCAACGAGCGAUAUCCCGAACUAUCCGAUUUGAUAACAGAAGUUAGAAACACAUUUGAGGACCGCUUAAGUGCCGUCAAUCCGGUAAACGAAAUAAUAUUUGGAGCUAAUCGGACCACCUCCCAAUGGUUCGAAUGCAGUUCAAACAAAGAAAUGGUAAACGUUGAAUUUUUGGAACUUCUGGUAAAGUCCGGAAGCGAAAUCCAUUUCAAGGAACGUAAUGUGAGUCAAAAUAUAUUUUAUAUUAUGUUACUUCUUUACCGUGCGUAUAAUUCGAUCCGUGUUUAACAAUGCAAACAUCGGUUCCUAUUCUUAUAGUGUAGAAUUAUAUAUACAACACUAAAUUAAUUUUCGUCAAAAAUCUACCCACGCCAUUUUUGCUUUAAACCAUCGCUGUACAAUGUACACUUUCCAAAAUGUUACAUGGUGCGUCUAGUAAAGUUUUACUUUUCGUGUUAAAAAGUAAAGUAGAAACCAUCCGCGUUAACGCCGGAACAUUUUUGGCUAGACUUAUGUUAACGGGGAGGUUACGGAAAAUAUCAGUCGUCAAAGGGUACCUGUAAACAAUAUUAUUAUUUUUGUAUCGAUUGCGCAGUUUCAGGUUUUCCAAGAUACUCACUGGCGUUGCAUUCGGCGAUUACUUCACUAACAUACCCGAAGUGUACCAGCGACAAUACGGACAUCGUUUGA